GAAAUACUCGAAAUAUUCUGAUCAAAAGAAUCAACAUCAAUCUGAGCAGACGUGUAGUCAAGCAAUCAUGCCUACCUACGAAUUCCACCAUAUCCUUCCGCUUGGCCGUUCCCAGAAGGCCAAUCUCGCGAGGCUCAUCACUGACUGGCACGCGACAACUUUCAAAGCCCCUCGUUUCAUUGUCAACUGUCGAUUCAUCGACAUCCGCGCUGCCAAUACAGAAGACUUUUGGGUUGGUGGUCAUGAGUUGAAGACCAACAAACUCAUGAUCACUCUGAGAAGCGGAACAGGCCGGACCGAGGAGCAGUACAAGAGGAUCACGACCAAGCUGGUUUCAAUGUGGAACGAAUUGACGAAGGAUAUCCAGGCAAGCGAGCGAGAGAAAGAACUGAGAGACGUGUUUGUAAUGGGCGUCUUUGACUCCGCAUACGAGAGAGGCUUCUUUUUGCCAAUGCCCGGAAAGUUUGAGCCAUGGGUGGCUGAGAACGAGACAGAGUUUCAGAAGCUGGCAAAUGGGUGUGAUGUCGUGUUCAAGGACCUUAUUCAGGAAAUCCAAGAGAGGCCUGGAUUUGGCGGCGGUCCUCAAACAUCCUCUAAAUGAAGCAUACUAUUUAGGUACUGUUGUCAGAAGCUUAGGAUCAUCCGUUUGAGAGUCAUUCAAGAAUCUCUCGAUAAUUUCAAUGCGCUAUGCCACGCGAGAGUGUGCUAGAUCGUGACGCACCU